AUGUCGCUACGCAUCGCCCCCACACGUGCCGCCCGCGCCCUCUCCCUCCUCCGCACAGUACAAUACACGCACCCGCCCUCGUGUCCGUGCCAUUCGAACCCGGGACACCACCAUGGCCCCUCUUCAUCCAUCAGAAAUGUCGCGAAGCGCUCGCUAGCGACCCCGCUGCACGCGAGUCAGCAGAAAGAGUACGCGUUCGAGAUGGCGGCGAGCAGCAUCCGGUUUGGGGCGGGGUGCACAAAGGAAGUGGGGAUGGAUUUCAAGAACAUGGGCGCGAAGAAGGUCAUGGUGGUGACGGAUAGCACGGUGAAGAAGUUGGAUGGUAUGAGGCAGGUUGUAGAGGGGUUGGAAGCUGAGGGGAUAAAGUUUGAGGUGUUUGACGGGGUUAGGGUGGAGCCGAAGGAUAGUUCAAUCAAGGCGGCAAUUGCCGCUGCGAAGCCGUAUCAACCAGACGCGUUUCUAGCUGUUGGAGGUGGUUCAGUAAUAGAUACUGCUAAGUUGAUGAACUUAUACACAACUUUCCCUGACGCCGACUUCCUCGACUUCGUCAACGCCCCCCUAGGUAAAGGCCUCCCCAUAACCCGCGGCCUCAAACCUCUGGUCGCCGUUCCCACUACCGCAGGCACAGGCUCUGAAACCACUGGCACCGCUAUCUUCGACCUCGUAGAGAAGCGCGCGAAAACCGGCAUCGCACACCGGAACCUCAAGCCCACCCUCGGCAUAUGCGAUCCCAUAAACACCCGCACCAUGCCCUCCGCCGUCCACGCCUCCUCAGGCCUCGACGUUCUCUGCCACUCCCUCGAAUCAUGGACUGCAAUCCCUUACUACGAGCGUACACCUAGGCCCACCAACCCGAUCAACCGCCCCGCCUACCAGGGCGCAAACCCAAUUUCUGACAUAUUCAGCCUGCAAGCGCUACGAAGCACAGUCAAGUAUCUCCCGCGCGCAGUAGCCGACCCAGACGACUGGGAAGCCCAAAGCCAAAUGCUGCUCGCCGCUACCCUCGCCGGCGUCGGCUUCGGUAAUGCAGGUGUGCAUUUGUGUCACGGCAUGAGCUACCCCAUCUCCGGCCAGAAUCCUGGCUACAAGCAUGCCGGGUACGCCGUCGACGUGCCCAUCAUCCCUCACGGCGUUAGCGUAGCUGUCACCGCGCCUGCCGUGUUCAAGUUCACCGGGGCGUCGAAUCCGGAGCGGCAUCUUGCAGCCGCUGAGUGUUUCGGUGUGGAUAUUAGCCAGGUGAGGAAAGAGAGCGCGGGCGAGGUGUUGAGUGAAGCUCUCGCGAACUUUUUGGUGAAGUUGGGAGAUCAGCCGAGGGGUCUGAAGGCGCUGGGGUUCAAGAAGGAGCAUAUUUCGGGGUUGGUGGAGGGGACGAUUCCACAGGCGAGAGUGCUGAUGCUGGCGCCAUCGUUGGAUGCGACGAAUUUAGAUGUGGAGAGGGAGCAGUUGACGAGGCUGUUUGAAGAUGCCAUGGAGUAUUAA